AUGAGAACUAAUUUACAGUGUUGUAAGUUACAAUCACAAGAAUUGGCCUUAACUAAUUGUGGGUUUAUUAAUAUCGGAUUAUAUAAUAAUUUAAAAAAGAGCGUGAAAAGUAAUGAUGUAUAUAGUGAAGUAGGUAAUAUGGUUUUAAUAUUAAGAGGUGAUGGGAAUAUAGGGAGAGAAGAAAUUGCUUUAAAUACUUGUCAGAGGGAAUUUUCGAGAAUCCAAUUAAAGGAGUUAGUAGAAAUAAAUAUAUUAGAUAAAGAAAAUAAGAAUGAUCUUAUUAAUUUUAUACCCAUUGAUUCCAUUGAAUUAGAAGUAAAUUUGUUUGUUAAACCUGAUCGUUUAAUUGAAAUGGAAGAUGAGAAAUUAGAAGACGUGUUUAAAAAAUAUUUUCUUAAUCAUAUAUUAACGAAAGGUCAAAUAUUAGCUUUAAAAUAUAAUGAUAUAUUAUUAAAAUGUAUAGUAAAAGAUUUAAAGACAGCCGAUUUUGAUGAGAUAAAGAGAUUAAAUAAUAGCAGUAGUAAUAAUAAUAGAAAUUCUUCGGGAUUUAGUAGCUAUUUUAAUAAAUGGAGUCCUGGAUUUAAUAAUGCAGAUAAUAAAAAUCUAUCUUAUAAUAGAUUUGAAAGAGGUAUAUUAUUUGAAAACACUGAAUGCAUAUUUACAAGUAUCAGUGAUGGAGGGAAAUUAUGUAUUGAAUCGAAGAAAGUAUUAAAACAAAAUAUCAUAAAAAAUAAUUUCAACUUUGAAGAAUUAGGUAUAGGAGCAUUAGAUGAAGAAUUCAAGACCAUCUUUAGAAGAACGUUUGCUAGUAGGAUAUAUCCAAAUUAUAUUAUAAAACAAUUAGGUAUAAAGCAUGUAAAGGGUAUGAUAUUAUAUGGUCCUCCUGGUACAGGUAAAACCUUAAUAGCUAGACAAAUAGGGAAGACAUUGAAUGCACGAGAACCGAAAAUAAUUAAUGGUCCAGAAAUAUUAAAUAAAUAUGUUGGACAAUCAGAAGAAAAUAUUCGUAAUUUAUUUAAAGAAGCAGAAAUGGAAUAUAAACAGAGUGGAGAGAAUUCAUUAUUACAUAUAAUAAUAUUAGAUGAAAUUGAUGCUAUAUGUAGACAAAGAGGAAAUGUAGGUUCAAGUAGUACUGGGGUAAAUGAUAGUGUCGUAAAUCAAUUAUUAUCUAAAAUCGAUGGAGUAAAUAGUUUAAAUAAUAUACUAUUAAUUGGAAUGACAAAUAGAAUAGAUUUAAUAGAUGAAGCUUUGCUUCGUCCUGGAAGAUUUGAGUUACAUAUAGAAAUAUCCUUACCAAAUAAAGAAGGCAGAAUACAAAUAUUAAAUAUUCAUACAAAAAAUAUGAGAAUGAGUAAUAAAUUAAGUUCCGAUGUAAAUAUAUUAGAAUUAGCCGAAAGAACUCCUAACUUUUCUGGAGCAGAAAUUGAAGGUUUAGUAAGAAAUACGGUUUCGUAUGCUUUUGAAAGGCAUAUUAAUUUUAAUGAUUUAACAAAGCCUAUAAAUGCAGAUGAUAUAAUGAUAACAAAAAAUGAUUUCAUGAAAGCAUUGAAAGAAACGAAGCCUGCAUUUGGAGCUGAAGAAGAUAUUAUAGGUAAUUUAUUAUGUAAUGGAAUAAUAAAUUAUGGAAAAGAAUAUGAGAAUAUUGAGAAUACAUGUAAAUUAUUAAUUAAACAAAUAGUAGAUAAUGAAAAUACAAAAUUAAUGAGUAUAUUAUUAUAUGGUGAAAAUGGUUCAGGAAAAACAACUAUUUCUGCUUAUAUAGCUAAAUGUGCAAAUUUCCAUUUUACUAAAUUUAUAACACCAGAAAAUUUAAUAGGUUAUUCAGAAAUUGGUAGAAUAAAUUAUAUAAAUAAAAUAUUUGAAGAUGCAUAUAAAACGCCUUUAUCUUUAGUUAUUCUUGAUAAUAUUGAAAGGUUAAUUGAUUAUACUCGUAUUGGGCCACGUUUUAGUAAUUCGAUUUUACAAGCUAUCAUGGUCUUAAUAAAAAAGAAACCAAAAAAAGAGAAUCAAAAAAUUUUAAUUAUCUGUACUACAUCAGAAUAUCAAUUUAUGAAGGAUGUCGGUUUAACCAAAAAUUUUUUUGUUAACAUACACGUUCCAUUGUUAAGUACAUCUUCUUCAAUUAAAAAUGUUUUACAACAUAGAAAUCAAACAUAUCAUGAUUUUCCGAAUAACGAAAUAGAAAAGGUAAUAUCAUCUAAUAUAAUUAAGAAUAUAGCGAUCAAAAAUUUAUUAAUGAUUAUUGAUAUGGCAUCAGAGGCCUCGGAUGAUAAAAAUAUUACCAGUGAUGUUUUUUUGAAAAUUUUUAAUGACUGCGGUUUGCUUUUGGAUGACGACACAGACUAUUAA